CAUGAAUGUGUAUUGAUUUGAUAAGCUAUGCAAAGUCCUGUCCCUCUGAAGACAAACUCAUUGAGAAUAGACUUUGCCCUACACAACUCAUAACAGGAAGCAGAAGGGUACCAGACUGAAAGGUUUGUUGAGAGAUACAAUAUGAGCAGAGAGCAGCCUUCCCCUCCGUAUAACCCCUAUUACCCUCCGCAUUAUCCUAAUGCAACACAGGGUAACAUUGGGCAGCCCACCGCUGGCAUGAUGCCCACCGCUGGCAUGAUGCCCCCCGCUGGGCAGCCCACUGCUAUCAUGAUGCCCCCCGUUGUUGAACAUGUCAAUAUGGGGCUUCCAGACAGCGCUCCACCAGAAUACUCUCUGGGAUUUGAAGACGAGAACUGCUUUUCAGAUGCUACCAUAAGAAGAGGUUUCAUAAGAAAAGUGUAUCUGACACUUAUGGUUCAACUUUUAAUAACCAUUGGAAUCAUCUGUGCUUUUCUUUACUGGGAGACACUCAAGGAAUGGGUGAGAGGCACAUACUGGUUUACCUACACUAUGAUGUGUGCAACGUUCGUUCUAAUCAUUGUGCUCGUCUGUUGUGGUGACAUACGUCGCAAAGUUCCCUUAAACUUCAUCUUCCUAGCGCUAUUUACAAUCACAGAAGGCUUUCUCCUUGGAUCAGUGGUAGUGUUCUAUUCAGCAGAGGCAGUGCUCUGGGCAGUGGGUGCAACUGCUCUGGUGUCUCUUGCAAUGAGUUUGUUUUCACUGCAGUCGAAAUGGGACUUCACAGCUCUGUCAGGGAGCAUAUGGGUAUUAUGCUGGACGCUGUUUUCAUUUGCAUUACUCUGUGCAAUUCUGAGAUCACAGUAUUUGUACAUCCUUUACGCAUCACUGGGAACUUUGAUCUUCUCUGUGUACCUGGUGAUGGACACACAGCUCAUACUGGGUGGAAAGCACAAAUACAGCAUCAAUCCAGAAGAGUACAUCUUUGCUGCUCUAAACUUGUACCUUGAUAUUAUCACAAUUUUCUUAUUAUUGCUUCAAUUAAUUGGAUUUUGUCGUUGAUGUGGUUUAUGAACAUCAUGAUUUCUGCUCCACUCAACACCUCUCUCAUGUAGACUAGGAUUUUUUAGACACAUUUUUACUCCAUUUUUUAAACAUAGCUUCAGUACUUCAUACAUACUUCAUUGUGUCUAUAACAUAUUGGAAGUUAAACUGAAUUUUGGGUUAAUGGUACAAAAGCCUAUAGGUAAAUCAGAUAAAACAACUAUCAGUAAAAAAUGGUGGUGAAACAAUUUUCACUCAGAAUUUGCUAUUAAAUUUCACAGAUAAUUACAAAGAAACAGCAAUUCACAAAUUUAAUUAAACAUGAAUUUUAAAGAACAUAUUUGUAAAACAUAUUUCAGUGUGUUUUAACAAUAAAGUAGCUAUUACAUUAAAAUUGCUAUUAAAUAGAUAUAUAGAUAAGUAAAGAAAGGACAAUGUCAUAUAUAUGGGAUAUGAAUAUGCAAUUAACUCUGGUUUUUUGAGACCACCGUUUUUACCACCAUUAUUUAAUUUAAAACAUAACUCCAUUUAUAUUG